GGUGGACCGACGACAUCAUAAAGAAAGGAAAAGUGGUGUGUUCAAAGUUGGAUUCUAGGAUUCUUUGUUUUUGGACCUUAAGUGAAAAAACAGGGUAACAAGGACUUGCAGACUUGAGUGAAAAAGAAGAUACCUUCAACCUUCUAAUUGGUCGAAUUACCUUGAUUCUGGGAAACCAAGGACGUUUUCAAUGUAACAAUGAAGUAAAAUACGAGAAAAUGCAUUUAGCAAGUUUAGACACAGACGUGAGCAGAACAGUGGGCUAUGUGGAACACGCGUCUCCAGUGAUUCGAUCUAUGGACAAAUACAUCUACCGCCGGAUAGGGGGGAACGCCACAAUAUUCCUAUUGCUAGCGUUCAAUGGCUUAGUGACACUAAUUUCUAUGUUGACCUAUAUUCCUCGACAUCCUGAGCUGGCAAUACUUCGCGUCCUAUUCUUCAGAUAUGCUACCAUUUGGAACGUGAUAAUCCUGCUCAUGUACAGCGCUCUAGGGUUUGUGUGCGACUUCUCCAUAGUCCAGAGGGAAGAAAAUAAGGUCCCUUCGAAGAUCAGGGAGCUGAGAUACAAAGUAUUCCACCAGCUCGUGUUUCCGUGUUGUGUGGGUUUUCACAACGACCAGUUAGGUUGCCCUGCAGCCAGGUACCACCAGUUCGUCAGUCCACCUAGUGCUUGGGGGCCUGCUCACACUACGACUUUCGGACCUUGGUCGCCACUCGAGAACUUUACAGCCCCAACGGCCAACAGUCUCACGAGCUAUGUGCCCCGACGUAGUCCAGUUAGAGCACCCGUCGAUAUAGCACCUAGCCUGGUCAACGAACAGCACCUACAACACAGCAACUGUUUCAUCUUUUAA